AGAAGAUUAGAGACAACGCUGUUCAUGGGGUUGAAGAAAUUAAGGCCAAACUCACUAAUAUUGACGAGGAGACAGAAAAGGCACAGGAAGAAAUACAGGAGUUUGAGAAACAGAUUAAAGCUCUGACUCGGGCAAAGGAAGCCAGCAUGGGGGGAGAAGUAAAAACUCUGUCAGAGAAAGUGGAUUCACUGUCCCAAGAAAUGGCUCGCGAAGCAUCUAAACUCAAUAAUAAGGAGGACACCGUUUUGGGAGAAAAAGAGAAUGCUGAUAAGAUUGUUCACAAUAUAGAAGAGUUGAAGAAAUCCGUAAAAGAGAGAGCAAGUGCUGUGAAGAAGUCUGAGGAAGGAGCGGCGGACUUAAAACGAAGAUUCCAGGAACUCUCCACCACAUUGGAAGAAUGUGAAAAAGAGCACCAGGGCGUAUUAGCUGGUAAGAGUAAUGGAGAUGAAGAGAAAUGCCUAGAAGAUCAGUUACGAGAUGCAAAGAUUGCUGUUGGAACAGCAGGAACAGAGUUGAAACAGCUGAAAACCAAGAUAGGGCACUGCGAAAAGGAGCUAAAUGAGAGAAAGUCUCAGUUAAUGUCAAAACAGGAUGAAGCCGUUGAAGUGGAGAAUGAGCUUGGUUCAAGAAAAAGUGAUGUGGAACGUGUGAAAAAGGCACUUGAAUCUAUUCCUUAUAAAGAGGGUCAAAUGGAGGCUUUGGAGAAGGACCGUGGAUCUGAACUUGAAGUUGUGCAAAGGCUGGAAGAUAAAGUGCGUGGUUUAUCAGCUCAAUUAGCAAAUGUUCAGUUUACUUUCCGUGAUCCUGUGAGAAACUUUGACCGAUCAAAGGUGAAAGGUGUGGUCGCAAAACUAAUAAAAGUAAAAGAUAGGAACUCAAUGACAGCGUUGGAGGUUACUGCUGGUGGGAAGUUGUAUAAUGUUGUUGUAGACUCCGAAGAUACUGGAAAACAGCUCCUUCAAAACGGUGCUCUUCGGAGAAGAGUUACAAUUAUUCCUCUGAACAAAAUUCAGUCUUACGUUGUUCAGCCUAGAGUGCAGCAAGCAACUGCUAGAUUGGUCGGAAAGGAAAAUGCAGAACUGGCACUCUCUUUAGUCGGUUAUAGUGAGGAGUUAAAGAAUGCCAUGGAGUUUGUUUUUGGCUCCACUUUUGUUUGCAAAACAACUGAUGCAGCAAAGGAAGUUGCUUUUAACCGGGACAUUCGGACUCCAAGUGUCACACUUGAGGGUGAUAUAUUCCAGCCUAGUGGUCUUCUUACUGGUGGCAGUCGCAAGGGUGGAGGUGAUCUCCUUAGGCAACUUCAUGACAUGGCAGAGGCCGAAUCACAAUUGCAAGGACAUCAGAAAAGGUUGGCUGACAUUGAAGCGCAGAUAAAAGAGCUUCAGCCUCUGCAAAAGAAAUUCACAGACGUUAAAGCACAGUUGGAGCUCAAAACGUAUGACUUGUCCUUAUUUCUGAAGAGGGCUGAACAGAAUGAGCAUCACAAGCUUGGCGAAGCAGUUAAAAAGCUUGAGGUAGAGCUUGAAGAAGCGAGAUCCCAAAUCAAAGAGAAGGAACUUGCUUACAAUAAUUGUGUUGAUGCUGUCUCCACAUUAGAAAAAUCCAUCAAAGACCAUGACAAGAACAGAGACGGACGACUCAAAGACUUGGAAAAAAAUAUCAAGACCAUCAAAGCUCAGAUGCAGGCAGCUUCCAAAGAUUUAAAGAGUCAUGAAAAUGAAAAAGAGAAGCUUGUGAUGGAGGAAGAAGCAAUGGUGCAAGAACAGUUGUCCUUGGAGAGCCAGUUAGCUUCGUUGAAAACCCAAAUUACCACUCUGACUUCAGAAGUAGAUGAGCAGCGGGCCAAGGUUGAUGCCUUGCAGAAGAUUCAUGAUGAGUCUCUGGCUGAGCUAAAGUUGAUACAUGCAAAGAUGAAGGAAUGCGAUACACAUAUAAGUGGUUUUGUCACUGACCAGGAAAAAUGUCUGCAGAAGCUUACUGACAUGAAGCUUGAGAGAAAGAAGCUGGAAAAUGAGGUAGUAAGGAUGGAGACAGAUCACAAGGAUUGUUCUGUGAAAGUAGACAAACUUGUUGAGAAGCAUACAUGGAUUGCAUCUGAAAAGCAACUUUUUGGAAAAGGAGGGACAGAUUAUGACUUUGAGUCUUGUGAUCCGUAUGUAGCUAGAGAAAAACUUGAAAAGCUCCAGUCAGAUCAGUCAAGCUUGGAAAAAAGAGUGAACAAAAAGGUUAUGGCGAUGUUUGAGAAAGCAGAGGACGAGUACAAUGCUCUGAUAUCGAAGAAAAACACAAUUGAGAAUGACAAAUCCAAAAUCACGAAAGUGAUUGAGGAGCUCGAUGAGAAGAAGAAAGAAACCCUGAAGGUUACAUGGGUUAAAGUUAACCAGGACUUUGGAUCAAUCUUCUCGACACUACUACCCGGCACCAUGGCAAAACUAGAACCUCCAGAAGGAGGUAGCUUCCUUGAUGGUCUCGAGGUGCGUGUUGCCUUUGGGAAAGUGUUGAAGCAGUCUUUAUCAGAACUCAGUGGAGGGCAAAGAUCUCUUCUUGCGCUAUCGUUGAUCUUGGCAUUGCUUCUCUUCAAACCGGCUCCUCUUUAUAUAUUAGACGAGGUUGAUGCAGCUCUUGAUCUCAGUCACACACAGAACAUAGGAAGAAUGAUAAAAGCUCAUUUCCCUCACUCGCAGUUCAUCGUGGUUUCGCUGAAAGAAGGAAUGUUCAACAAUGCCAAUGUUCUCUUCCGGACAAAGUUCGUUGAUGGAGUUUCAACUGUACAAAGAACUGUAACAAAACAGACCAAGUGA